AUGCAUUUGAACGAGGAAACGCUGUCUCGUCUUCGUGGCAUCGUGGAACAAUCUUGCGAGAACCCUCAACAGGACAUCCCCGGAGCAUCGGUUGUCGUGAUUGGCAAAGAUGGGCAAGAACUAUUUGCUCAUGCCGCUGGGAAAAGAGGCUUAACGUCACGAGAGAACAUGUCUCUAGAUAACAUAUUCUGGAUUGCCUCCUGUACCAAAAUGCUCGUUGGGUUGGCCUGCAUGCAGCUAGUUGAGAAGGGAACACUCAACCUCGACGACGGCAGUCAGGUGGAGCAGUUAUGCCCUGAAUUGAAGGACAUAAAGGUUUUACAGCCGGAUGGUAUCAUGGUAAAGAAAGACAAGGCCAUUACGCUGCGGAUGCUAUUGACACAUACCUCUGGGCUCGGUUACUCUUUCUUCAAUGAAAGGCUUAGGGACUGGGCUUACCCUGCCGGCGCAGAUGAGUUCAGCGGGAGGAUCGAGGAUAUGAUAAUGCCUCUCUUAUUCCAACCAGGCCAAGGCUGGGAGUAUGGACCUGGAAUCGAUUGGGCUGGUGUCGUUCUUGAACGAGCGACAGGUCUGAGGCUUAAUGACUAUCUUCAAGAGAGGGUGUUUAGGCCCAUCGGGAUCACGGAAAUGUCCAUGUUUCCCACUCACGAGAUGCGAGCUAAACUAGCAUACAUGCAUCAGCGGGGGCCAGACGGAACUUUGAGACCCUGCAAUCAUCCGUUGCGACGGCCUCUGGUGGUGGACCCCGAUGACAAGGUCGAAAUUGAAAAGAUCUUCAACAGUGGUGGUGGCGGCAUGUUUGGCAAUCCUCGAGACUACUGCAAAGUCCUUGCUGUCCUGCUCAACGACGGUACUUGUCCCAAGACAGGUGUCAAACUUCUGGAGAAGCAGACAGUGGAUGAAAUGUUUAGAAACCAAAUUCCUCAGUUUCCAAAUUUCAGCCGUCAGGGAAUUCAAGCUGCGAGGCCCGAAUUUACUCACAGUGUUCCUGAGCUCUAUCCUGUCGCUGGCGACCCGCCUCAAGGAUGGGGACUUACUUUCAUGCUUAGCAACGGCGGGCCGACAGGAAGAUCAAAGGGAACGGUUCAUUGGGCUGGUUUGCCGAAUCUCUGGUGGUGGGCUGAUCGUGAGAAAGGCGUCGCUGGCAUGGUUUGCUCACAGAUUCUACCUUUUGGCGACAUGAAGGUAUUGGGACUUUGGGGCGCUGUUGAAGCCACGAUUUAUCAAGCACUGGCUUAA